UCCUUCAGCGGCACACAAAUUGAAAAACCCUAAAACCCUAUCUCAUCGUUAUUUUCCCUGGCAGAAUAACCUUCUUUUUUUUGUCUCUCAUCUUCUCUCCAUGAUCGCUGACAGAGAAACCUGAAGUCUUUUCAUCAAUCUCUUGCUUCCUUAACCAAAUACUGCAGUCUCUCCCCAAAUAAAGCCGCAUACCCCCCCCCCCGGUCGAGGCCAGCUAAUUCCUCAUCGCUUUUUUUCUUCUGGUCGCUUCGUACCCGCGCCUCCCUUCCUCCUCUCUUACUCUCAGAGAUGGUUCGCAGCAUUAAAAAUCCUAAAAAGGCUAAAAGGAAGAAUAAGGCCUCAAAGAACGGAGAUGCCCGAGCUUCAUCUUCUUCAACACCUUCAUUGCCAACCAGGGUUUGGCAGCCAGGUGUCGACAAGUUGGAGGAAGGAGAAGAGCUCCAGUGUGACCCCUCUGCUUACAAUUCCCUCCACGGUUUCCAUAUAGGCUGGCCUUGCUUGAGCUUUGAUAUUCUACACGAUUCAUUGGGUCUGAAUCGGACUGAGUUCCCACAUACGGUGUAUUUUGUAGCCGGGACUCAGGCAGAAAAAGCUGCUUGGAACUCUAUUGGAAUAUUCAAGGUAACCAACGUUUCUGGUAAAAGACGUGAGCUGGUGCCUGCCAAACCUGAAUCCGGUGACUCUGAUAUGGAUAAUGAUAGUAGUGACAGUGAGGAAGAUAAAGAUGAAGAUGAGGGAUCGGGGACUCCAGUUUUACAGCUGCGCAAGGUAGCUCAUCACGGGUGUGUUAAUCGUAUUCGUGCCAUGACACAAAAACCCCAUAUAUGUGCUUCUUGGGCUGAUUCGAGUCAUAUACAGGUGUGGGACUUUAGCUCUCAUCUGAAUGCUUUAGCAGAGUCAGCGACUGAAGGAAGCCAUGGGACUUCUUCAGUUUUUAAUCAGGCUCCAUUAAUGAACUUCAGUGGUCAUAAAGAUGAAGGCUAUGCUAUAGAUUGGAGUCCUAUUGUCCCGGGAAGGCUUGUAUCUGGGGACUGCAAGAGUUUUAUCCAUUUAUGGGAGCCUACCAGUUCAACAUGGAAUGUUGAUCCUACUCCAUUUACUGGACACACUGCAAGCAUUGAAGAUUUGCAGUGGAGCCCUACGGAGGCUUCUGUGUUUGCCUCUUGCUCAGUGGAUGGAAAUAUUGCAUUUUGGGAUGUCCGAACGAGCAAAUCACCUCAGUUUUCUUUUAAGGCACAUAACGCUGAUGUGAAUGUUAUCUCAUGGAACAGGCUAGCUAGUUGUAUGCUGGCCUCUGGAAGUGAUGACGGGACAUUUUCAAUCCAUGAUCUUAGAUUGCUCAAGGAAGGAGAUUAUUAUGUAGCCCGUUUUGAAUACCAUAAAUACCCCAUCACGUCUAUAGAGUGGAGUCCACAUGAAACUUCCACAUUAGCAGUUUCAUCAGCUGACAAUCAGCUGACGAUAUGGGACCUCUCUUUGGAGAAGGAUGAGGAAGAGGAGGCAGAGUUUAAAGCUAAAACAAAGGAAGAAGUAAAUGCUCCAGAAGAUUUACCUCCACAACUUUUGUUUGUUCACCAGGGUCAGAAAGAUUUGAAAGAACUUCACUGGCAUUCUCAGAUUCCAGGCAUGAUUGUGUCUACUGCAGCUGAUGGUUUUAACAUUUUGAUGCCUUCUAACAUACAAAGUAUCCUCCCCUCAAAUGGAGCUUGAAGCACAAGGAAAUCCUCAGAGCUCUCGUUCUCUACCGCCUCUGUUUACAUGGCAACUUAUAGUAGAUGUAAAGUUUGGAAUGGCAUUGAGCACUGGUUAGGUGUUGGAUGCACACCACUACCUAAUCUUGUUGCCUGUUUGCCUCCGGAGCAUGUUCUGUUGCUCCUGCCAGCUGGAUAUAUAGGCUAAGAAGAGCUGUUCGUUUGAUAAAAGGCAGUAAACAGAUUGCUCCAGUUUUGUAACUGAUACUUACCACCAUUAUUAUUGUAAUUCUUUUAAAGUUCAAAGUUGACUAUUUUCAUAAA